AUGCAACGUGAAGAGUUUGCUAUCGAGACAAGCAGUAGGGUGGAACGAAAUGGAACUCAAAUUGUAGCAUCUAACAACGCGGAAAACGAUCAUGGGUGGUCGAGGAAACUCAUUGUACCGCAACCGUGCAGUGUUCUGCGUCAUCAGGUGUUUGUUGGAAUACUGAUAGCGAUCGUGCUCGGAAUCAUAUUCAUCUGCGUCGCGUUUAUGAUAGCGUUUGAGAAUGAAGAGCAGCUCGUGGCCACCGUUGAUCUCCACUCCGUGAAACUACCGCCUGCGCAAGCAGUUUGGUUUAGGUCCAAUCUGGACGAGCUCUACAACGCAGUGCGCGUCCCCCGAAAUGCACGACGGGCUAGAAACGUGGUACUGUUCGUCGCCCUCAACCAAACACGUCACGGGCCGUCGGAACUGGAUUAUCGGCCGGUGUGGGAGAGUUUCCCGCAUUUGGCGCUGCUGCGUGCAUCGCAAGGGCAACGCGAACCGUUCGAUCCGACAGCCAUUUUCUGUGGCAUUGAAACACAACCCCAAACGCUCGGCUUGGAUUCGUCCGUCCAGGGACCUUGGAAUGUGUGUAUCGAGGGUGGCGGGAGCAUCAACGAAACGCAACGCGCGUCAUCGAUCGUAGAUUGGGCACAGGCCGUUGGCCGUCGUACCGGGGUGGUAACGAACGGCGAGAUCGUACACGCGUUCCCAGCGUCCCUCUAUGCUCACACACCCAACACGGACUGGACUUAUGCAUCGCCCGACUCGAAACGCUGCGAAACAAUACAAUCGCAGCUAAGCGGCGGUGCAACGGGAAGGCAGCUCAACGUAAUCGCCGGAUCGAUGCAGCGUUGUCCCGGGGCCGGCGAGUGCCAGCGAACCUUCGAGCGGCGGUGGGAAAAUCAAAAACAGGACGAAGGUGAAGAGUACAGGAUGUGUUCGGACAGCAUUGCCGAUCUGCUAACCGUGGAAGUCGUACCAAAGUAUGCGCUUGCAUUAUACCAUCAGCAAACGCUAGCGGCGAAGGGAUCGUUUCACGAUCUCACAGUAGGUGCGGUCCGGAUGCUGGACAGCUCGGAAGGAUUCCUGCUGAUUGCCAUCGUUGACCCUAGUGUAGCGAUUUCUCUGACCGAACUCGACUCUACGGUGCAGGAUACUUUGCGAAAACUAAGUGACUCUCGAGACGAUAGUUUAGUGGUUGUAAUGACCGCGAGUCCCGGCGACCGUUGGGCUGCCGUUCAUGCUACAGGCCCAAUGGCAAAUCUGUUGCACCGUGUGCACAAUCAAACUUACGUGGCCCACUUCGUGUCGUACGCGGCACGUAUCGGACGAUUCCGGGACACGGCCUUGGCCAAUUUCGUGUUGGAGAUUUUUUAG